UACAUUAUUUCUACGUAGCUUAGGACAAACAGAACUCAACUUCUUUUAAUUCCAAACCAAACUAGAGGUUGUCACUUGUCAGCAUAACAUAACAACGUGUGCAAAGGUGCAAACUUGUGGAAUGGGGCAAACAGGAAAUUGCAUGGGAAACACACCCACAACACAUAACACACAUAGAUCACAAAACAAUGACUCUAAGCUCCAAUCUUUCUCUCUCUAUGUUUCCCGUUCACACUGCCGUUUCUUCAAAGUCCUUACUUUUUACCCAGUCAGCACAUUUAUUCACAAUUCUCCUCUAUAUAUUUAUCUUGAAGAGGAAAUGGUUGAUUGGUAUCAGGGUUAGAAUAGAUAGUGGAGUUCUUUUCUUUCAGUUCUUUUGACAAACAGAGUUGUCAAGAGACAUGGCUAGUUCCGGAAAAGAUGAGGAACCAAUGCUGUCAGACACUCAUCUAAAGCAAUCAAAUGAACCUGUUAAUUCUAAAUUCCAAAAUCCUGCACCUAGGACACGUAGCAUAUCAAUUUCUAUUCCCAUGUUCUCGAUGGAACCACGCGAAAGAGUAAGUGAUAUUAGGGGACACACAGGUCCCCUACGGAGUCAGAGAAAAAUCCCACUUGAUCAGAUGAGUGGUCCAUUGUAUGUUUCCAAUAAAUCUGGAGCUCUCUUCCGGGCAGGGAAGCAACCAGCAGAAACCAAGACAGAAAACUUUCCUUCGUUUAGUGUCGGCAUGGCUGAAAGUGAUUUGCAAAACAACUAUAAUGGUAAAAAUGAACAUUUAGCAAAGUCUGGUCAACUGGGAAUGUGCAAUGAUCCAUAUUGCACGACUUGCCCGACUUACUUCAAGGCCACUCAACAAAGGAAUUCAAAAGCUUCGGGUAUAUUCAGUCCGAAGUUUCACAAUUCCCUUUAUGGGGAUGCCAAGUGUUGGGCAAGAAGACUUUCUGCUUUCUUGAUUCCUUAUGUACCUCGGGUUAUGAAUCCUCAUACAAAACUUGUUCAACAAUGGAAUAAGUUUUUUGCAAUUUGUUGCUUGUUGGCAAUUUUUGUGGAUCCAUUAUUUUUCUUUUUGCUCUCUGUGCAGAAGGAACAUAAAUGUAUUGUUAUGAACACACCAAUGACAACUUUGCUUGUUUUUCUUAGAAGCAUGAACGAUUUUGUAUACCUCAUAAACAUUAUUCUUCAGUUUCGGUUGGCUUAUGUAGCUCCGGAGUCUAGGGUGGUUGGUGCUGGGGAAUUAGUUGACCAUCCUAAGAAAAUUGCUCUUCAUUACCUUCAAACAUAUUUUUUUCUUGACUUAUUAGUUGUAAUUCCACUUCCUCAGAUAAUCAUAUUGUUUGUAAUACCACAAAACUUGGGAUCAUCAGGAGCAAAUUAUGCAAAGAAUCUUUUGCGAGCUGUUAUCCUUGUUCAGUAUAUUCCCAGAUUGUGUAGGUUUCUACCAAUGCUAAUUUCUCCAACCGGAUUCAUAUUUGAGUCAGCAUGGGCAAAUUUCUUUAUAAAUCUUCUCACCUUUAUGCUCUCUGGUCAUGUUGUUGGGUCAUGGUGGUACCUCUUUGCUUUGCAGAGGGUUAAUCAAUGUUUACGAGAUGCCUGCAAGAAAUCUGAUAUUCUUGAAUGCAACAGAUUCAUUGACUGUGGUCAUGAACAUGCUGAAAAAUAUCGAAAUAAAAUGAAUUGGAAGUAUUGGAUGAAUGACACUAAUUCAUCAGCUUGUUUUACCGAAGAUGGUUUUCCUUACGGGAUUUAUCUUAAAGGUGUCAACCUUACUGCAGAACAUAAUGUGAUCACUAGAUAUGUAUAUUCAUCGUUUUGGGGAUUCCAGCAAAUUAGUACUCUGGCUGGCAAUUUGACCCCAAGCUACUUUGUUUGGGAAGUCCUUUUCACCAUGGCCAUCAUAGGAUUGGGACUCUUGCUUUUUGCUCUUCUCAUUGGAAACAUACAAAACUUUCUUCAGGCUCUGGGACGCAGGAGGCUAGAAAUGUCACUUAGGCGACGUGAUGUGGAGCAGUGGAUGAGUCAUCGACGCUUAGCAGAAGACUUGAAAAGGAGAGUGCGACAAGCUGAACGUUACAACUGGGCUGCAACAAGAGGAGUGAAUGAAGAAGUGCUUCUAGAAAAUUUGCCUGAAGACCUUCAGCGGGACAUUAGACGCCAUCUCUUUAAAUUUGUAAAGAAAGUUAGAAUUUUUGCCUUGAUGGACGAGCCUAUCUUGGAUGCCAUCUGCGAAAGACUACGACAAAAAACGUACAUCAAAGGAAGCAUAGUUUUGUACAGUGGCGGUUUGGUAGAGAAGAUAGUUUUUAUCGUGCGUGGGAAAUUGGAGAGCAUAGGCGAAGACGGAAAUGUAUCUUUAUCUGAAGGCGAUGCUUGCGGCGAAGAACUUUUGACUUGGUGUCUUGAGCAUACUUCAGCAAACAGAGAUGGCAAAAAAGUAAAAAUCCCAAGACAGAGGUUAGUUAGCAAUAGAACAGUUACUUGCUUAACAAAUGUGGAGGCUUUUUCUCUCACUGCGGCAGACCUUGAAGAAGUUACAAGCCUUUAUGCACGAUUCUUGAGGAGUCCGCGUGUUCAUGGAGCCAUUAGGUAUGAAUCACCUUAUUGGAGAUGCUUUGCAGCAACGCGCAUUCAGGUUGCAUGGAGGUACAGGAAGAAACGUCUUAGUAGAGCUGACACUUCACAAUCAUAUGAAACAUUAUAUACAUAACUUUUAACAAAAAUGCUCAUUUAUCUUAAAAAUAAGUAACUAAACUAAUCAUUAUGUAUUUGUAUAUAUUUAUAUAUAUUAAUUCAUAUACUUUUUCAGCUAAAUAGUUAAUUAGUCACCGGAUAC